GCUUCCGGUCGGCAAGAUGGUGGCGCGCAGGAGGAAGCGUGCGCCGCGGGGCUCUGAGGAUGGGAUCCCGGGCCCUCUCGGCUACUCAGCGGUUCCGAUCAAGUUCUCUGAAAAGCAGCAGGCUUCUCACUACCUGUAUAUUAGAGAGCACAGAGUUCGAGAAGGCACCAAGUCUUCCUGGCCUCAGAAGAGGACCCUUUUUGUCCUCAAUGUGCCCCCGUACUGCACAGAGGAGUGCCUGUCCCGCCUCCUCUCCCCGUGUGGCCCCGUCCAGUCGGUGGAGCUGCACGGGAAGCCCGAGCUCGCCGGGAGCCCGAAGGAGCCGAAGUCGAAGUUUUUCCACCCCAAGCCCAUCCCGGGGUUCCAGGUGGCCUACGUGGUGUUCCGGAAGCCCAGCGGGGUGGCGGCCGCCGUGGCCCUGAAGGGCCCUUUGCUGGUGUCGACAGAGAGCCACCCCGUGCAGAGCGGCGUGCACAAGUGGAUCCGUGACUACACAGACUCCAUCCUGGACCCGGAGACCCUGAGGGUCGAAGUGGACACGUUCAUGGAGACGUAUGACAAGAAGAUAGCUGAGGAGGAAGCUAAGGCCAAGGAGGAGGAAGGGGUCCCAGACGACGAGGGCUGGGUGAAGGUGACCCGCCGAGGCCGGCGGCCCGUGCUGCCCCGGACGGAGGCGGCCAGCCUGCGGGUGCUGGAGAGGGAGAAGAGGAAGCGCGCCCGCAAGGAGCUGCUCAACUUCUACGCCUGGCAGCACCGGCAGACCAAGAUGGAGCACCUGGCGCAGCUGCGCACGAAGUUCGAGGAGGACAAGCAGAGGAUUGAACUGAUGCGGGCCCAGCGCAAGUUCCGGCCCUACUGAGCCGGCUCAGGUGGGGGGGCGGUGAGUACGAGGGGGCCCAGAGCACCCCCCUGACUGCCCAGGCGGCGGGGCUGCCCCCCGAACAGGACUGAAGACCUGCACCCAUGGGAGCCGGUUGGGUGCAGUGUCGCCGUUCGGUCCUCGUGCUUCAGUUGCCCUGGCCCCGUGUGGCAGGGACACCUGCCCAGCCUUAGGACUUGGCCCUGAGGAGCCUCCGCCCCAGGAGGGCUCCCUGCAGCUCCCGGUCUCUGGCCAGCCCACCCCUGCGUCCCUCUGUGGGAGCCGGGUGUCUGCUGUGUUCCCCCCUCUCCCCGGACGGAGAAGCCCCUGCAGUGACAGCCUCAGAAGUGGGAGAGGGAGACAUCAGAACUGUUUAUUUCCCGGCCCCCAGGCAGCGGGGCAGGCUGGGCCGGUCCGUCCCAGCCCCGCCGUCCUGCGGCCACCGCCAGCUCACCGCAGGUCAUCGGCCCAACCCAGGGCGCCCCCGGAGUCCAGACACAGCGCCCCUUGUGACGUCACGCCCGUGGGAAUGAGAAGCCUUGGCCCCACACCCCCUCUGCUGGCUUCACUGGUGUCGACCGUCGAGGCCCGUCCUUGUCGCGCCCGGCCUGGCCGGAGGCCCCUGGAGCUGGGUGUCAUGUCGCCCCCAGCCCCGGCCUACUCCUGGGCUUGGGGACAGUCGCUCUCCAAGAAGGAGCUGAUGACAGCGGCCACGAGGUCGGGUUGGUUUAUGUGGACGUAGUGAUUGCCCGGCACUUCCACGUACUGGAACUGCUGGAGGAGGGAGGGGCCGCGGUGAGGCCGGGCCCGGGGAGGCGCAGCGGGGCUCUCCCGUGCCCUGCCGCCCGCCCCGGCUCAGGAGUGUCCCCACGGUGAGCCGUGGGGCGCUGACUGAACGAGCAGGGCUCCCUGGGCCCCCGUCUAACGCCUAGCGCCCCAUGGGGGUUUGGGCCCUGGCUCCGGGGCAGCGAGAAGGGCCGGAUCCGGAGGGCAGUGCCCAAGCCUGGGGUCCGCGCCGCUCUGAGCGGUGAACCCAGAGAGCGGGGCCGUGGGGCUGCUGCGGGCCCUGAGGGCUCUGGGAGGUCCCCUCUGGAGCAGAAGGGCAGUUGUGCACACUCGUCCGUGCCCAGGAGAAGACCCACCGGACGGGAGGGCACCGCCCGCCGGCCCAGCCCGGGCUUCCCUCGCGCAGAUGGUGCCUGCGGGGCCCAGGUGUGCAGGUGGCUGGUGAUCACGGCAUGCCGGCUACUCCCCGGGGAUGAGGUCACCACACGCGUCCCGGCCCUGCCCCUUGGAGGCUCGCCCCGCCUGCAGCCAGCGCCCAUGAGGGGACUGGUCGCCUGCCCCCCGUUUGGGGCCCUAGAGAAUUGUGCGGUGUCUUCUGGCCAAGUAGGGCCUGGUGCAGCGGGUAUGUGAGGACAGUCACAGGGCGCGUGCCCAUGAACAACACCGCU